AACCAAAUUUACAUUACAAUUGUGGCUUUAAACAAUCUGUGUAGACACCUAAUUGCUGCUUCAGAAUUCAUAAUGAGAUCAAAAUUGGCCAUUUUUAUGGAAUUCUUCAGCAUAAUAUUAGUAAAUUAUUUUAUUCGCAUGUGUCUCGAAAUCUCUCUUCAAAAUAGCUUCCCCUCUCUUACAGAAACAUCUCUUCUCUGAUGAUGUGAUUACUGGCGUGAGGGCGGGGCAACCUGUCACUCACACGAGAUCCACCAAUCGCAAACUACAAAUAUCCAAUCAGUUCCACAUGGACAGAAUCAAGCCGUGGGAUUAAUAAAAAGUGAACUGCAAGCGCGAAGACUUUCCAAUACGUUUUAUUUUUAAUUUCCUCCACUUAUUAAGAUGGAGGAGGCGUAUACAGCGCUGUAUCAGGAGUUUGUCCGUCUCCAGUCUCUCUGCUUAAAACAAGCAGCAAUGCUUCAACAUCUCUCUGACACUGUGAUACGACAGCAAGAGUCGGCCAACCAGUGCCAGUGUACAGUGAACAAGACGGGACACCGACCCCAUCCUGCAGAAUCCCAUGAAUCUCGGAGACAUCCCACUGAAACACGCAUACUGAACCCUCAAACUGCUUAUGAUCUCAGUCACAUUGAUAGAGGACUAGACCAACUGCAUCUUAACCUGGGCAUGUCUGAUCAGAAACAAGGUAGCCACGAUAAUGUGGUUUUCCAUAAUCCGGUAAAGACGGUGGAUAACAGUGCCUGGGAUGACCUGAGGAAAGUUGAGCAACAUUAUUACGCCAACCAGACUUCACAACGGCUGCGGAGGCCCUGGUCAUCCUCCUUUCUGGACAGCGAGUUGGUCAGUCAAGCCGGAGGGCUGUUCAUGUCUGGAGUGACGCUACAGUCGCAGGUGUGCGAGUUCUGUCACGCUGUGUUUCCGGGACACACAAGCACCCGUGGAGAGUUUCUGCGUCACCUCACCACACACAUGACCUGAAAAAAAGCAGUGCUGGGAAUCAAAUUCACACAAAAAAUGUGGAUUUUGAAACUAGUUUUGGUCAGUGAUGGUCAAGAUUUCUUUUUAUUAAAUUAUAAUGCGUACAAAGCUGUAGUGCAAACACACAAUGGCCUGGUUAACUUUUAUUAACGUGCUUUAAAAACAUUACUGGUGUGAAUCUUGAGAUAAAACGAUGGCAUAUUUUAAGGUAAAUCAGAGCAAUUUGCUUUCGGUUAAAACAGCUCAAACAUUCAUUUUAGUCUGGGACUAGUUUAAGCCUUAUCUGUGAAUCUGGGGAAAUAUGAAAGCAGGAAGAACAGCAAAAAUAUUACACAUGCACUUAAUUGUUUAUCAUGUUAUGACUAUGACUCAUCUCCUGUCCAAAUUAUUUGGUGUUUGUUUUGUACAAAUAGAAAUGUAUCAUUAUUUUGUUUUAAAUUAUUUCUUGUUUUACCCAAAUGCUGUAUUUUCAUUACUCUAUAGCGCAUGAUAGUGAAUACUGCUGUCUAUCAAGUAAAGAUUAAAUGCACUAUAAAAUGA